UGAUAUAUCUUCUCAAAUGCAUCCAUCUUCCAGGAAAAGUAUCAUUGAAAGACGCCUUACUUUACGAAAAGAAAGUCAAUUAUUGGCUGUCGAACCAACAUUAUUAGAAAGAAGACUCUAUGAGGCAUUUGAUGUAUUUGAUAAUGCAAGAAGUGGGGAAGUGGAUGUCAGAGAUUUAGGAACAAUAAUCAGAGCAUUAGGAUGUGUCAUAACAGAGGCUGAGUUGCAAGAGAUACAAGUGGAAGUAGAAGAUGUCGAAAAUAAUUGCGUUCCACUAAAUAGAUUUGUAGAAUAUAUGAGCAAAGCGAUUAACGAGCGCAAAUUCAAACCAGCAGAACCAGAAGAGCUAUUGAAAGCGUUUCAAUUAUUAGAUCCUGAAAAUCGCGGAUAUAUCAUGAGAAAUGAUUUAGAGAAAUCUAUUAUGGAAAUUGGAGAGCCAUUUACGAAGGAGGAAGUGGCUGAUAUGAUGGCCGUAGCUUGUGAUGCAGAAACAGGAAAAAUUAAUUACGAGCAUUAUAUCAAUUUAUUAAUUGUGAAAAUUCCCGAAGAUCUGAAUGUAUAUAAUAUUGUUGAUAAAAUAGAAGCUGCGAAAGCAGCAGCAUUACCUAAAAAACGCAUGUGGGAAAACUUUUUCUUUAAGGAAAAUACCACCUGACAAAAAAAUGAUAUAUAAUUUUAGUAAAGAAUUGUCGUUUUUAUGAAAGAAUCUCAAUAUAUGAAAA